AUCACACAUGAAUACAAAGGAAGGUAAAUCAGGAUGAAUUCCAUCGCGCGGGCUGGACACUUAUCCCCUUACUUCAAGCACACAACUUCUGUUGUUUCAAAUGGCCUGAAACCCGCCGUUGUAGUGUUUACACCUUCUGAUAAGUUAGUGGUACAGCCUCUGCCCAAAGCAUCGACUCCGCAUGCUAUGCACGGUGCCUUGGCCAUCCAGGGCUUAAAAGUUAAAUGCGGCACUAGGCCGACUGUGCAAGUGCGAUUCGCGCAUAGUGACAUAGCAGUCCCUGAUUUCUCGGCGUACCGCCGCAAGGAGACCCAGGACCCAACACAUAGGAGCAAUGAGAGCAAAGACAAACGCCAGUCCUUCACAUAUUUGAUUGGUGCAGUUGGUGGUGUUGCUGGAGCUUAUGCAGCCAAAGCUGUGGUCACCCAAUUCGUUUCAUCGAUGUCAGCGGCGGCCGAUGUGUUAGCCUUAGCCAAGAUUGAAAUUAAGCUUGCUGACAUCCCUGAGGGCAAGUCCGCUACCUUCAAAUGGCGUGGAAAGCCUUUGUUCAUUCGUCAUAGGACGGAUAAGGAGAUUGCAACAGAACAAGCGGUGCCAUUGGACCAGCUCAGAGACCCAGAACACGAUAAUCAGCGUACAAAUGACCCAAAGUGGUUAGUCGUCAUUGGAGUGUGCACACACUUGGGUUGCGUGCCCGUUGCAAAUGCUGGCGACUUCGGCGGGUACUACUGCCCGUGCCACGGCUCCCACUACGACGCUUCAGGACGUAUCCGCAAAGGCCCCGCCCCCCUUAACCUCGAGGUCCCCCCGCACAGCUUCGAUUCAGACCUCCUAAUUGUAGGUUAAACGAGUUAUGUAUUUAUUAGACAAUUUAUUUAUCAGUUAUCAAUCAAACUGGUACUGUAAACCAUAGUUUUAUGGAUAAUACUAAUCAAUAAAAUGUGAUCCU